GCGCGUCUUUGUUUUCCGAACUGCGGAUUCGCGGCGUGCUGCGUAAGAGUCGGCGGUUAAACCCUUUGGCUAGUCCGAGGGAAAGAGGUGUUUCUGAUUUUACAGACAUUCCUGCUUUUAAACAGCCACUCUUGCCAGGUCUAAGGGAUCCAUUUCUGCGGAGGAGAGGCUUGUUGAUCUAACGAAUCGGCCGCUGCAGAUGACAAACUAGCUACUUGGGCAACUGGGCUUUUCCAGCGGCGUGACAAUGAAUGAGUGGGCGCCCAUUGCAAAAGAAUAUGAUCCACUCAAAGCAGGAAGCAUUGAUGGAACAGAUGAAGAACCACAUGACCGAGCCAUUUGGAGGGCUAUGACAGCCCGUUAUGUUCCCAACCGAGCUGUUGUAGGAGAUCCGCAUCUCACACUUUUUGUGGCAAGACUUAGUCUGCAAACCACUGAGGAUAAAUUGAAGGAAAUCUUUUCCCGUUACGGAGACAUCCGGAGGAUGCGCCUAGUGAGGGACUUGGUCACGGGUUUUUCGAAGGGCUAUGCAUUCAUUGAGUACAAAGAUGAACGGGCACUAUUGAAAGCUCACAGAGAUGCCAAUAAACUGAUAAUUGACCAGCAUGAGAUAUUUGUAGACUUUGAGCUGGAAAGAACCCUGAAAGGAUGGAUCCCGAGGCGACUUGGGGGUGGCUUUGGGGGCAAAAAGGAGUCUGGGCAGCUGCGGUUUGGAGGGAGGGACAGACCUUUCCGGAAGCCCAUCAACUUGCCUGCUAUGAAAAGUAAUUUUUACGGAGAAGAGAAAAGGGAGAGGGGCUGGUCCAGAGAUUGGAAAACCAGGGAUCGAGCUCAUGAGAGGAGCCGAGAACAGAGGUGGCCUGAAAUGGACCGGAGCGAAAGCAGGAGGGACCGGGAGCGGCAUUCCAGAGAGGAAAGAAGUUCUGGGAAAGAGGGAAGGGACAGAGAGAGGAAAGACCGAAGCAGAGACUACAGUUCUAGAAAGCCAAGGGAUGAAGACCAACACUGACAGAUUAACUCCUGUUCUUAUGCUGUUUGACUGCAGGUCUUGAUGGGAAAGCACAGACCCCAGUUCCUGCACAAUUGAACCCAGGAUGUUCAUAGUGAAGCCACAUGGACUCUGGGACCAUUUUGAUUUAGGAUUGGGCCAAGUAAUGAAAAGUUAUCCUAAAGGGCAGUUCCACUGGUAGCAGCAAGGCCCAAGAGGUACUGUAGGCCUGCUUCAGUUUCUAGUCCCUGUUGGCUCUUCCUAGUGCUUUUACUUUUCAGGCAAUCUUGAGUUUUCAGGCAAUCUUGAGGCACUGCAAGAAAGGUGAAGUUUUUGUUUCAGAAAAGCACAAAACUGUCCAUAUUUUUCUUAUAGUGGCUGGUUUUCUCUCCCGUGGGAAGAUUCCACCUUUCAUCCUGGUUUGGUCCAUGUUCACAACAUGGCAAUGUGUUGCAAGAACUUCAGCUGUGUCAAACUUGCCUGUUGUUUUAAACAUGUCACUGGCCUUCAGCUAAGGUUUAAAUGAGUUGUGUGACCAUCUUGUAUGUGCGGGCAAUAGCUGUAACAAUAAUGGGCCCAUCACGCUGUUUCUGUGAUGGCGCAUCUCCUAGAACUCAUCCUGGUUCUUGUAAAAUUGAAUGAGGGUGAAUGUCUGUGUAAAAAAAAUCAGUUUUUUUUCUUACAGGACAAGGCUUAUGUAUGCUUUAUGAACAAAGGCUGUAUGUUGCAAAGUUACUGUUUAACAUAAAUUGCUGAAAAAUGAGUUUGUAGCUAGUAAGUCCCCCCCCCCC